AUGGCCUCCUCCUCGAACCCAAACUUCAAGCAGCUCCGUGUUGCGAUUGUUGGCGGCGGUUUAGGCGGCCUUUCCGCUGCUGUUGCGCUCCGUCGCGCCGGUCAUUUGAUUGACAUUUACGAGCGGCGCGACUUUAACGUUGAAGUCGGAGCUUCCAUCUCCUGCGCCGCUAAUGGCACUCAAUGGCUACGAGAAUGGGACGUCGAUAUUGUUGACAUGAAGCCCGUUAUUCUGAUGAAGCUCGUCAUGCGCGACUGGGAUACCGGUAAGAUCCUCAAUCAGUACAACCUCGACAACUACGAGGAACAAUGGGGCAACGUCUACAAUAUGUUUCAUCGUCAAGACAUGCACGCCACCCUCUUUAAGACGGCCACUUCCGGCGAAGGAAAGGGCACUCCUGCCACCGUUGUCAUCGACCACAUUUGUCAGUCCGUUGAUCCCGAGAAGGGUACUGUGACUUUCACCAAUGGCCGGACCAUCUCUGCAGACCUUAUUAUUGGAGCCGAUGGUAUCAGGUCAGUUGUACGCGGACAAAUUGGUAUCAUUCCUCAGAUGAAAUCUGGUCCUCAAACGUGCUAUCGCUGCAAUGUUUCGACAUCUGAUGUUAAGAAGUUGGGAUUGGUCAAUUACUCGUACGAGCCCGCCAUCCACUACUGGGGUGGAAUGGAGGGCAAAAAUGGGCGUUCCGAGUUCUACAAGAUUGUUAUGUCGCCGUGCUCCGGCUAUGAAAUCAUCUCAUUUUAUUGCUUCAUGCCCACUGAAAUGACCAAGCAUCACGAAGAAGGAUUCGUCUUUGCUGAAGCUCCCAUUGAAGACAUCCUCAUCGGACGAUACGACGAGCUGGAUCCCGACUGCAUUGCCCUUCUCAAGCACUCAGUUGAUCGGGUGCCUUGGCGACUAUACAAACACGAGCCUUACCCUUACUGGUAUAAGCGCCGCGCCUGCAUACUUGGUGACGCCGCCCACCCCAUGAUGCCCCAUCAGUCUCAAGGUGCCUGUAUGGCCAUAGAGGAUGCCGCCGCCCUGGGUAUAAUUUUUUCGGACAAGUACGAUUUCACCAACGACAUCGAGGCUGGUCUAGCUAUGUACCAGACCAUCCGCAAGCCCCGCGGCACCCGUGUCCAGGACGCCUCGUGGCGAGCGACUUUGAACAUCAACGAGCGCAUAGGAUUUACCAGUCUCACCGCCCCAGAAGCAGCGCUGGCGGCUGCUGCAGACAAGCUGACUAUUAACGAGAUGAACAGCUACAAGAUGCACGAUCACGUCGCGGCGGAGGUGGCCAAACUAUCCACACCCGUUCAAGUUCAAUGUAUCCAGGUUUAG